CUUUCGCGAAAUCAGAGCAACUCAGAGAAUAGACAUGGAAGCAGACCCUAACUCUUCUUCUUCCUUCUCCUCCAUCUUCUCUGAGAAAAAUUUCAGACUCCCAGACGACACCGUUUUCUUCUCCAUCUUCCCCGACUUCUCCAUCCCCUCCACUCCCCAAUCCUCCUCCACCUCCACCUCUGAACUCUCCUCACAACUCCAAUCCCUCCACCUCCAAAUCCUCCAAACCCUCUCCCCCUACACCUCCGACUACAUCUGGCAACACGAGCCUUUCACUGUCUCUCUCUCGUCCCCCACCGCCACCUGUAUUUGCUCCGCCUCCAUCCCCCACCUCCACGGCAAACUCCGCUACGGUGACAACCUUGACGAUGAAUGGUUCAUCGUUUUCCUUCUAUUCCACACCUCUCUUCACUUCCCCAACCUCUCAAUCCGCGUUUGGGACACUGACGGAGAAUUCCUUUUAAUCGAAACCGCUUUUCACCUCCCCCGGUGGCUCAACCCCGACACCGCCACCAAUCGAAUCUUCAUUCGCAAUGGGCACCUUCACAUUGUCCCCAAAACUGUAUUUCCACAAACGCCUUCGCUGUUCGAUUCGUUGUCAUACAUAAUGAAAUUCGAAACCAAAACUGAAGCCACUGAAUCAGUUCAAUUAGCAAUAAAGAAUAAGAUUGCAGACUACCCAGAAAGGGCGAAGAAAAAUGUGCAUAGAGUUAGGGUUAGGGUUCCGGUAUCCGUUGCUCAGGUGUUGAAACACGAGCCGUGUUUGAUUUCUCUGGCGGUUGAGGGGUUUUAUGAUAGAGACAUUGAUACUAUGAAGUUUGCCGCGAAGAUGGGGAAGUUUAUGCCGAAAGGGACUGGGGAGGAGAUGGUUACUGUGUCUGUGAGAAUGUCGAGGGCCAUGUAUGCGCAGCUAGUCCAGCAAACGUUUCAGGCGCCGAAAUGCUACCCGAUGCCCGUGAGGACUGAUGUGAGGGCUUAUGUGGAGGCUGAGUUGGGUAUGAAGAUUACUUGUGGGUUUGAAAUGAUGUAUCAGAUGAGAAAAAAGGAGGGGUUGGAAGGGAAGGGGAGUACGUGGGAGAAAUUCAUGGAGAGUUUGGAGAGGAGUGGGUACUUUCAAGGGUUGUUGCCGGGUUCGAAGGAGUAUAAAAGGUUGAUUGAAAAUGCUGAGGAGUAUUACAGGAAUAGCUCAUUGCAUUCGAGAGCUAG